AUGAAUAAGACAGGUAGCCAGCUUCACAACAAAAAACAAGACUAUAUCAAUUUAAGACUUUUUUCUAAAUCAUCACUGGCACCUAAGAUUAUACCUCGCAAAAGUACCACAGCAGUGACCGAAAUGAAUAAUUUCAACGCAAGCAGAGACUUAACAUCCAAACUCACAGCACGCAAGAGAAAUCUAUCAGAGUUCAACAAUACAGUAACAUCGCCGGUAGAUAGAACCGGAAAUGGGUGCGAAAUUAGAUCAGAAUGGAUGCGAGGCCGACCCAACGCUAGAAAUCAAUCUUCAUCUUGGAGGGAAGAAACUGUACCAAGCAUUGAUAUCUCACCUGAUAAAAAUGAAGAAUUAGGCGAUGGCAAACUAUUUAGUGAUCUUCCCUCACCAAACCUAUCGGCUUGUCGGAUAGUCUCGCUCAAGAAUUCUAAUACGGAUAUGCAAGAAAGAUGGAGUAGUUUUGCAAUUCAAGCAGUUCACGCGGUCGCUGAAAAAGCUUGGGAGUUUUGCAAAAAUAGCGCUGCAUUGUUCAGUGGGUUUCAUGCUGGUGGUGGGACUAAAUAUAAGUUUAAAAGCGGUCAAGGUAUGGAAGCCCGAUUUGAAGCUGUUGAAUCGUCGGUUUGGCCUGGAGAGUGGCACAUGAUAAAUGCUGUAACUCCUAACCCAAAGCUGCACGAUCCCAAGAAUCGAUCUUCUUCGAGAGAGAGCACGCCGGUCAGGUCAUCUAAACGAUGUCAAAUUCAUCCUAAUAAAGAUAGCUCGCUGGAAAAAAACUGGGUCGUGAUUCCGCCUAUGACCAGCUCGCCUCAUCACACGCGUGCACGUGCUGAAAGGAAUAAAUCUUUAACCCCAUCAACAACACGUCUGUCGAAUCCUAAAAGCCAUUCGGCCCCGUCUUCAAGACUUGCAACUCGACCUCCUCCUAUUUUGCAAUAUGCUCAUCAACCAAAACCUCGCGUAUCCUAUGCAAGCUCAGCCUCCCUGAAAUCACCAGAACGGGCGUCUUUUGCGUCUCCGCGCCCGUCCGGAACUAAGACUAUGUGUCAAGAUAUGCCAGCCUCCCCAGCUCACCAACAAAAAAAGAGCCACUUAAUCUCUCCCGAGAAAACCUUAUGUGACACCCAGCGUGAAGCACAGCAAUGGGCUGCCAUGAUCGAGAAAGAUGAGCAGCAACAAGAUGAUAGUCUCCGCCGACUGGAAUCACGCUUAAAAACUAUGAUUCGAGAAGGAAAAGCGGCCCUAGGUACAAAAAUCGAGAUGAACUCGAAAACUAGUGGAAGAUCAGAACCACGAAAUUUACUGUGA